CCCAUCCAAUUACAAUGGCUCGUGGACAGCAAAGCGGGGAAUCUUUCCGAAAUUCUAUUCUCCAUAAAUGCAGCCAAAACACAGCAUGAAGAACGGAAGAAUGGUUCUGUUAUGCGAAAGUCUUUAACGAAUCUUGCGGAAAAGAUACAUCACUAUGGUAGUAUAAUGGACGUAUUAGUCCAACAUCACCCGGAGUAUGCUUCGCUAGCAUGGGGUGUUAUGAAAGUUUUGUUUGUGGUAUGUUGAGCAUAUAGUUGAUCUUGGAGAUUUUCAAGUGACUGAUGAUUAUACUACUAUCGCUUAGGGUGUUGUAAACCACGAAAAACUAUUGUCCCUGCUUUCACAGGGAUUAUGCUAAAUCUCUGAUGUCCUUCCCAGGCUGGAGUUGACUGUGCAACUAUUCCCCAAUAGAGCUAUAAGGGCUGAUGUUGUCUCUACGUAUGCAUACAUUCUCAAAUUCCUCAUUAGAGCUCUGCGCUGGUUCAAGGAAAGUAGAUUAUCACAUGCCAUACACUCUAUCACCCGACCCUCUGAGCUCCGUUACGAUGAUCUCAUCGAAAAGAUCCAAUAUUUGUCUCGGAACAUUGCCGAGCUAGCUGCAGCGAGCAGUCAAGCAGAGCUGCGUAAUAUGCAUAUCUUGCAACAGAAAUUUAUAUCUAAUCAGGUUGGAUUUCAAAAUGAGCAACGUCAAUUCCAAGCCACUCAGAUGGAGUUUAGCACUGAAAUACGGAACGAGCUCCUCGGACGAGAUUCCGUCGAAAGCAAACUCAAUUUCCUCAGCAAUGCAAUGGUAGAGCUACGGGAAUUGAUGGUCGCUCAACAAGUCUUGCACUCUUCUGCUGAAAUCACCAUUAAGCAUGAAGUUCCACAGGCCCAACUCGCAGAAAUCCUCCCCAUUUUAAUUAGCAGCAACAACAGGUCGCUACCAGACCCUGAAGCAGUCUUUCAAUCCUCGCUUAUACUCAGGAACCAACGCCGUCGACGCAAAGCUACCAGUGGUCCCCCCUUCUGGCUCCAACCAAAAAUACAAUCAUGGAAUCAGUCGCAAACAUCAUCGCUCAUCAUGGUAAAGGGGACACGAAAAUCUCGCUUCCAUCUCAAAAACUUCCUCACCGACUCAAUAUCACAACUUCUGGAUCGAAGUAUACCAGUAAUUUGGACGAUAACAGCAGGCCUCAGAUAUCACGAUGAUACUCUGCACUUUACUACCAUUGAUCUUUUAAAGUGUGUCAUCUCCCAAGCAAUCACGCUCAACCCAUCACUCCACAACGAUGCCUUCCUCUCCCAGCACAUUGAACGCGAUUGUGAUGCAGUCCGUGAAGCCGAUUACUUUGAUAUUCUCGCUUCGAUCGUGCAAUCAAUACCGCUGCUAUACAUCUUUAUGGAUAUUGAACUCAUCUCUUUCUCACCCGCUCAUUCUGAGGCAGCAGACUUCACGAUCCCGAAAAACUUCCUAGAAUUGUUCUCGGAAUUAAAGAGAAGGGGGAUCAAUACCGUGAUCAAAGUUAAUUUCGUGAGUUAUGGAUCUUCCGUAUUUGUGGAAUUGCCCCGUAUUGAGGAAAGACAACUUGUUGUACCUUUGGCAAAUACUUCAAAGAAAGCCACUAAGAGACUCGCAACACGGAAUAAAAAUAGCAUAGGGGGGCGGUUAGGCAAAAGAGGGGGAUCUAUGGUUUUUGUGGGCUGA